AUGGAAGACGACAGAGAAAUGCGAGUAGACGAAGCUAUCAUUCAAGAUAGUGGGAAUGGUGAUAGAUAUGGAUCUAGAAGAGACGAAAGGGAUAGAUCAAGAAGUAGAGAUAGGCACAGAAGCUCAAGAGAUGAUGAUAGGGGACACCGAAGUCAUCGAAGAAGAUCCUAUUCUCGAUCAAGAUCUCGUUCUCGUACUCGAUCUCCAAGGAGGCACAGACAUCGUUCGCGAUCUCACUCACGAGACCGUGAUUACAAACAGGAUCGAGAUCGGGAUUAUCGAUCUUCUCACCGAGAUUAUCGAUCCAGUUCAGAUAGACACGGUGGAUCAUCUUUCAGGGGUGGACCAAGGGGAGGUAGAGGUCUGACUGGCGCGUACAACAGAAAUGGAUAUGGUCAUUCUCACUCUUCCUCCAGACCCACUUCGGGACCUGGACCAAAUGGAGAACAAUCCGUUGGAGGACCUAUGAAUGCCACUCAAGAGGAAGCUGAGGCUCACGCCAAAGUCUCAAAGAGAGAGAAUAGGUUGUACGUAGGUAAUUUGGCUUACGAUGUCACAUACAAGGAUUUGUCAAACUUUAUGUCUCAAGCUGGUGGCAACGUGGUCUUCUCUGAGGUUCUUACUACUCCUGCUGGUCAAUCUAAGGGUUGUGGUAUCGUCGAAUUUGCUACUCAAGAGGAAGCUCAACGUGCCAAAGCCGAGCUCACCGACAAAUAUUUGUUGAGCAGAAAUGUCUUCAUCCGAGAGGACCGAGAAGAGACCGCUCGAUUCGGUGCCCCUCCUAUCCCAGGUAAAAUUGGUGUCGCCACCGGUGAAGCUAGAACUUUCCUGGGUAACGCUGCUCCUGUAUUCCACGUCAACCCUAUGAACAAGAACAUCUUCAUUGGAAACCUUCCUCUCCAAGCUUCCUGGCAAGACCUCAAGGAUCUUAUGCGACAAGCUGGGGAAGUCAUCAGGGCUGAUAUCAACUUCCACCCUGAUGGAACACCCAAAGGAAACGGUACUGUAGUCUUCGUCAACCCCGAGGAUGCUCGAGCUGCUAUUGAGAUGUUCAACGGAUUCGAUUGGUUCGGUAACAUUCUUGAAUGUAAACCUGACAAGUUCGCCAACAGUCCCUUCGGUCCUGGACGAGGACGAGGUGGAUUCCGGGGAGGUUUUGCUCCUAGAGGGGGCUUUGGUGGAUUCCGAGGUGGUUUCAGAGGAGGAUUCAUGGGUGGUGGUGGAUUUGGUGGAGCAGGUAGAGGAAUGGGAUUCAAUCCUGCUUACGGUGCUCAAGGUGGACGAAGUUUUAAUGAUAACAUCUACGCCGAUUACAACGGUCCGGAAGGUGGUGAAGGCAUGGCUGUGGACGGUGCAGGUGCAGGUGCAGGAAGUGGAUUGAAACCUCAACCUGCUGAACCAAACCAGCAGAUCUUGGUCAGGAAUUUACCAUGGUCAACAGCCAAUGAAGAUCUGGUAGAGCUCUUCGAGACAGUUGGAAAUGUAGUCAUGGCUGAAGUUCUCUUCGAAGCUGGAAGAUCGAAGGGUGAAGGUAUCGUACAAUUCACCGAGACUGCUGAAGCUCAAACUGCCGGAGAGAAGUUUACUGGAUAUAUGUAUGGUGGAAGACCUCUUGAUGUCCAAUUCAACCCUAGAUGGCACGAGUUCUCUUCUGCAGCUGUUAAAGGUGGACAAGUUGCUCCUGCUUAA